AUGUCUGGGGGGGAAGCCUUUUUGCUGAAGAAGUUGAACAAAUGGGCAUGGGAUAUGUCAACAUCGUUUAGUGGUGUCGGGUGUGCAGAAUCAGCUGCAUUGAGCUUGCAGUCGGCAGCCCGAUCUUUCCUCGCGAAUUCCCGGAUAACCAGAAUGAGCAAAUCACAUGUUGUGCUGAAACACACGUGCGAAAUCAACCCUGAUUGCCAAGAGGUCUUGGCACAGACAUAUGGCAACUGCAAUUUUUCAGACAUUCUGUCUUUGGAUUUGACUCGGCAGACAUUCUAUUGCACGACCCACAAGAAGAUGUGCAAUGUUCCACAGCGAACAGAUGCUUCACGUCCGGUCUGCAUCUUCUUCAGUGCCAUGGGGCUUCGGCAGGGUACCAACGCGGUGGGGUUUGCGACCCAUCAAGCAUACUAUGAGCGGGUGGCACCCCAUCAGGACGUGAUCAUAGUGGAAAACGUGCCAGAAUAUCAGGAAAACACGGUGAUGGGAUGUUUGCCUGGGGGAAACCGUGUUUGGCGGAUGAAGUCCAUCAGACUGGACCCUGGGGUCCUAGGUCUUCCAACAGCGAGAGCAAGAGUGUUCAUGAUCAUCUACAAGUACAACAAGGUCCAGUGGAACCCAAAAUUCCACUUGGAAACCCUCACAGAACAUCUUUGCUCACAAGUGGUGAUGAGCGCUGAGAGCUACUUUUGGAAGAAGGUCUCCAUCCCCAAGCAGUUGUCCGAAGCAGAGGAAAGGAACCUACGCGACUACCAUAAAUUGUGCCCUGGCCUCAUGGUGAUGGAUCUCUCUCAAUACCCGAAGAACGGAAGAGGACGUGGCAACACGGUGGAUGGAUGCAUGUGCACCCUCACAACCUCAUCAGGGCGGAUCUAUGGUGAGGCGAAGCACCGUGUCCUGCACGGCGAGGAGCUGCUCAGCACCCACGUGCUACCUGUCACAGCCACUCAGGCGCGGAAAGCUGGAGCACCAAAACUGGCUCUGGGGACAAUUAAGGACACAUCCCAAGCGAAGAUGGCUGGUAAUGCAAUGUCGGUUCCCUGCAUUGGACUGAUCAUUAUGGCAGCCAUCAUGGGCCUAGAGCGUGUAUAG